AGUGUAUGUUUUAUAGAAAAUGGCGCCGGUCGAAACACAAACCAUUUCCAUCGCAUAGAGAAAAAAAUUCAUUUCAAACAAAAAAAUUGAACAAAAAAUUUAGAAUUCCUUGUGUAUGUAAUUCUGUCCUUCAAUCUAACUGAGUGCUUCGUUGAAAAAUCAGUCUUAUCGUUUUAGUGUGUGUUUUAUGCAAUAGAAAAAUAGAAAAAUAAAAUAAAAUAAACAACAAAAUAAAUAAGCGUAAAAUAGCAAAACCAAUUGGAAUAUAGUGUGUACGAAAGAAAAAGAAACAAGUCGAACGGUGAUUUCAUCGCAGCAGUGAUAUAAAAUACAGUUCCAGCAGAGCCUGUGUUUCUCCAUUCAUUGUAAGCAGAAUAAACAACGAAUGAAAUCUUAUGCGUGUGCAUUUGUGUGUUUCGAAUACGUUGUGUGUAUUGCACGGGUCGCAUUCAUAUCUAUCUAUUGGAUUUUGUGAAUGGUUUUGUUAUUGAAUUUGGAUUUUCCCCCUUUUUUACUCUACUGAAAUUUUUAUCAAAUUUUCUCGUUGAUUGAAUGUAAUUGAACAAGAAUUUUAUGUAUAUCAUGGAAGGAAAUUUACCUCGGGUGUUGAAUUUGCUUGCUUGAAAGAAAUAGAUAAAGGAAAAUCAUAUAGAAUUUGAUGAAUCAAAUGUGAGAAUAAAAUUUGAUGGAAGAGUGUUCAUUAAUUUAACACAAGAACAAUUGUUAGUAACAAUGGAACUAAGUAUUUCUGCAGUUGAAUGGAGUUAAUUUCCUGAAAAUCAAAUGAAAGUCCUUGUAAUGCAUGCACUUAAUGAUGAUGCCUGAGUAAAUAAGCGAAAAAAAUUGUUCAUAGUCAUGUGAUAAGAAAAAUAAACGAGAAAGUCGAGAAAAGAAACAAAGUGUACACCUCAUGUGGUUGUCAUGAGUUCGUGCUUGAUUUAGAAUUCAGGCUGACAAGAGAAAGAGUGAAGAGAAAUAAUCAUCAUUGGCGUCACUGCUUCCAGUUGUACUGAAAGCAAAUUGAAAUAUGGUUUCGACUUAAAUAACGGUUGACUGACAAUAGACAAUGCUCUGCUAUCUCAAAAGCCAUUUCCCUUUUUUUUGCUCCUCCGCAAAAAUGGAUACUAAAUGGAAAUUGCAAAUGAAAGCGCAGCGAACCGUUAAAAAUUGUUGGUUUCACUCAACCAGCCAGUCAGUCAGCCAGCAUUAUGACCGUCCAGAAUACACAAGCUAAUCUUCAUUGAAAAUAAUUACGAUUAAUCAGUUGUGUACCGUGUUCCCGGGAGCGUGUUGCUGGUGCUUUGGAUGUUUUCAGAUUAAAAUGAAAAUAGCAAAAGCAGUAAUUGAUUUUCUUUGCCUUUCAUUUCGCGUGUGUGUGUGUGUAUAACAUGUUGUUUGUGUGUUCCUGUGCAUGUGGUUGAUGACAAAAGGUUUGGUGUUGCUCCUUUUUGGUCGAUGAACUAUGGUGGCCGUCAGUAGUGUGUUCGACUCGCAAAUGGCUAGAGAGACUUAACAUGUUUUUCCAUUCAGAUCUCAAAAUGGUCAACCAUGUGUAUACUGCGUGUGCCUUGGAACAGAAAGGAAAGCCAUUAAUAAGCAAUUAACUAAGGCUGGUUCUUUCCCUUUUUUUCUAUCCAUUUAUCGCUCUCAUACCAUCCAGUUCAUCCUGUGGUGGUGUACGUAAAAGUACACCACGCUUCUUGUUCACCACUACAUUUUAUCAUCGCACAAAAAUUUGCUCUUGCCCGUACGCAACGAUACAUGAUAAGCAUGUAACAUACCCAUGUGAAUCGCCUUGUUCAAAUAUGUUUUGACAUGUUGAAAUUUACAUAAUAGUUUGACUUAUUCCGGAUGUUACCAAUUGAGAGAUCCCUCGCAAUCAAUGGCUGUUCUCGGUUAUCGAAUGCUAAGCUUUCCAGCAUUGGUAAUGGUAGUGGUGGUUGCUUAAACAAACAUUAUGCUUACAAAUAUUUGCAUUUAUUCAUAUAUUUCACGUCCUAACAUUAUUCCGUUUUGCCUAUAAGUUUUGAUUUUUUUUUUUGGUGUCCUUCACCGGAAAAACUCCGAUACUAUCGACGCAAACAAUGAUUUGCAUUAUUUUUAUAGCCUAGAUCACAAAAUAACAGCCCACAACAAUUUUAAAUGCAUCUGCACGAAACAAACGGUCACAGGGAAAAACUUCUUACGUAUGUUGUCGGACAAUUAGCCAUAGUUCGCGGAGAAAGUUCUUAAGUGAAUUAUGUAUUAUAUUGACCUUUUGGGUUUAACGAAGAGCAAAGUGGAUAGCAGGCCAAUGUUAUUACAAAUGCGAGGGUCGAGAAUGAAUUAAAACGUCGUGUAUUUAGAAGGAAAAGAUUGAUAUUUGCUGGAAAAACUUUAGCCCCACGUUCAAUUCGUCAUCUUGACAAACACAAAGAGAGUGACGGACACGACAUAACUACAUAACAACACAAGUUUGUCAUUGGCGCGCGCUAUGGAACACAGUCAUUCACUUGAAUUUUUUUCCCUUUCAUUCGUCUCCCUUUCUCUCUCCAUCUCUCUUUGCCAUCAAAUAAUUUCCGUCUCAAUUUUCUCAAACGUUGCGAAAUGUGGACAAAGAUAUCCAUUACCUCUCUAUUUGGCACUAUUCGUUCGUCUGUCCGUUCGCAAUUGGUGUGUCAUGUCUUGUGCAAACAACACAAUGUUUGAUCUUCAAUGUUUGGGCUGAAGCUGUAAAAGAGCCGCUUGUGUAUGUGUGUGUUUUUAUCUGUUUCGUUUGAACGUUACAGAAGCUUGCUAGCAAAUCGAUUUUCCUUUCUCGCUCGUUGUAUAACAUCAAAUCAAACAUUCCUUUCGUAUCCAUUUUUUUUGUGCUUGAGGCUUUGAAAAAACUUUUUAUUUCGUUUUUUUCCGAUUCAAGAGGCGUAUACAGAGCACCCAGAGCAAUGAAGAAAGACGAUUUCGAAGUGACACACAAUUAAGUAAAUAAGUCUCAGCGGAUUUGCGGAGUGACGAUAGAAUAAAGGGAACGAACGAAUGAAGAUGCAACAUUAGAUAUUAGCGAGAUGAAGAGACGAAAAAAGCCGCUAACACUUUGCCAACACCUAUACAGGCACUUACACUCUCACUGAUUGUAACACAUCUUAACCAACAAAUAUUUAAUGACCGUCAAUUUACAGAAACGGCGCCAAACAAUAUAUAGUAGAGAAGAAGGCGAGCAGAGAAAAAAAAUGAAAUUCUCUUCGUCUCCAUUUUCACAUUACCAAUACGACCCGACAAGCAAUACUCAUCGAGCUUUUGUGUAUGUACAGAGCAUAAAAGUGGUAAAGUUGUGAAUUAGUUGUGAUGUUGUUUGGCGUGUGCAACGCAAUUUUGCGGUGGCCGUGGUUAUGGUGUGUACUUUGAAAUCUCAACCACUUUACUUGGUUUCGAAAACAUAAUUUCCGCUUGCUCAUUUUCGCUUCACCGAUUCAUACAAUUUGCGGCCAAACGAAAGAUUUCAUGGCAUAAAAGCUUAACUCGACUAUAUCGUGGCUAAAAAUAAAAGCUCAUUUCCGCACGGCAUUUUUAAUAAGAUGAAACAAUUCCGUAAUUGAAUAACUUUAUAAUUUAAUUCGAUUGUAAGUCGUACGAUAAAAUUAAAACGUACAACAAUCGGCUCGAAGAAAAUAUAAAACAGCAAGUACCUGAAUUGUCUGUAAUUCAAACGCUGUUUUUGGUUUUGAUUAAUUCGUCGAGUUAACUUCGCUCUAUUUACUUGUGUCCCUUUUUAAUUUCUGGCUAUCUGACUACAAGCAUUUGAGCAAAGCGAUACGCCUUUGUUCAAUUAUUCAUAGCGCGUAGAUAGAGUGUCAAAGGAUGUAAAUGUAAUCGAGAACGAAUGAAAAAUGUUUAACUUGAAAUUGAUUUGACAGGCGAUUUCGAGCGCUCCAAACAACAUCGAACAAAUAAGAUAUUCGAUAGACAAAGUGCGACGGCUAUAUAACAAAUGGCACCAAUAAUGGUUCCAAAACAGAGAGAAAGCCCACCAGCCAGUCAUCAACUUAGUGUACAAGUAUUCUCCAGAAUGGUUUUUCUUUGUCAAACAUAUUUUUGGCGAUAAAUCUAAGAUGGGGCAUUUUAAGCCGUAUUCUUACCAUAUAAAAAUGGUGCUUAUGUUCGAAAUCGAUUUUCGAGUUGCAAUGUUUUUUUCUUCGAUGGUGUGUCAGUUUUUAUCUCGUCCCCGGUUAUCGUCAUCGUCGUCAUUCCAUACUAAAUCAAUAUUCGAUACCGGAUUAUUCGUUUCGAUGGCAAAAAUAUACAGAAGACAAAACGGUUUAACAAAUCCACAACUUUCAAUCAAUCAGUUCUGCGUAUUCUCACUUUCAGUCACACAUUGUCAGCGCCAGAACAAAGACUUCGACUUUGUUUUUAGCAUCACAAAGUAUCACAUUUUGGUGAUAUCAAAUACGGUGUCUGUUAGCAAGGAAUGCCGUCAUAUAUUUUUAUCCGACAAUGGGGAAAAAGCAGCGUUUGGAACAUUGUAAGGCGUUAGAGGUUGUGCAAUGAAGCGUUUAUAGUCUUUGUUGGAAUGUAUCGGAAUUCCAUCCAUUAUUCCAAGAGAUUUUUUCCCGUACGCACAAAAAUGUCACUCGAAAUCCGAAGCGCCGAAGCAUAGACCAAAAUGCUUCAAGCGUAAAGUGAGCGGAAUGAGUGUGAUCAAUUGUCUCCUUUAUUCGUUGUUAAUCGGUUCUGACUCUAUAAAUACAUGGUACAACAACAACAAACACACACUCUAAUUAAAUAACAAAAUUAUUGCCUUGGAGAAAUAUUAAAUAAUAUUAAAUAAUAGUAUAUAACCAGCUUAAUGGCGGUCAAUAAAUGAUGACGACGACGACGACGACGACGACGACGGUAAAAUGCCGUCCAAAUGGUAAGCAAACGAAAAUAAUCCGUUUGCUGGACGGCACAAUAGCUCAGUUUUCGUUUCAUGGAUUAUUGUAUCACAUUACACUUCUAACAUAAUUUAUGUGCCGUAUACACUUUUCUCUGAUGGGAGACGGUGUACACUGUACACGAUUGAAGCAUGACCAUCUCUCAAGCGCCUGACAUAAAAACAACGAUUACCGUACUUUCUGUGUGUGUAUGAGAGUGAGAGAAUAUUCAAGUGAACAGAAAAUCAAUGCCAAAGCGUUAGUUCAGUUGUAUUAAGUCAAUGUUGUCGGUAAUGGAGUAAAGUUUUUUUUGAUGACUGAAUGAGCUAAAAGGCAAUGUAAUUCAGUGAAAAAGCUGCAACUGCAAAUAAAAAAAACAAUUGAAACGGACACAACGUACAUUACCAGCGCCCAAGCACCAACAACCGGAGAAGAAAGAGACGAUUCUCAGACCAAGAAGGAACCCAGCCCACACAACAAACGAAUUAUUCAGUGACGGUGUACAAAUUCAGUGAAAAUGAAACUUUCAUUUCCAAUGCCCGGUGGUGGCACCGGCCUCACAUUAUUCUCCAAAUUAGUGCGAACGAAAGACUUACGCUCUGUUCAAGCUGAAGAUCCACGAAGCACAAAGCCCAAAUUAACGAAAUGCCUGACAACGUUAGAUCUAACGUCUCUAGGCGUUGGUUCAUGCUGCGGCACUGGAAUGUAUCUCGUCGCUGGCAUGGUGGCGCGAAGCAUUGCCGGACCAGGUGUAGUUCUUAGUUUUUUUAUUGCAGCAAUUGCUAGCAUAUUUUCAGGUGCUUGUUAUGCCGAAUUUGGCGUUCGUGUGCCACACACAUCCGGUUCAGCGUAUAUGUAUUCAUAUGUAACGGUCGGUGAAUUCGUAGCAUUCGUUAUAGGCUGGAAUAUGAUUUUAGAGUAUUUAAUUGGUACAAGUGCAUGUGCUUGUGCUCUUAGCGCUAGUUUUGAUUCAUUGUCGGGCGGAGCAAUCGGACGAAGCAUAGCGGGAACAAUAGGAACAAUAUUUGAUCGAACACCGGAUUUGAUUGCAUUCGGCAUCACGCUGGUAAUGACCUGCGUUUUAGCAUUGGGCGCCAGCAAAUCGGUUAUAUUCAACAAUACAUUGAAUGUGAUAAAUUUUGCCACUUGGGUAUUCAUAAUGACGGCCGGUUUAUUCUACAUCGAUACGGACGUAUGGCAUGAGCACGAUGGUUUUCUACCGUUCGGUUGGAGUGGGGUUUUCACCGGAGCGGCAACAUGCUUUUAUGCAUUUAUUGGCUUUGAUAUAAUCGCAACAACUGGCGAAGAGGCACACAAUCCACAGAAAAGUAUUCCAAAAGCAAUCGUUGGCUCGUUAGUCAUUGUUUUAAUUGCAUAUGUUAGUAGUAGUCUGGUGUUGACGCUGGUCGUGCCAUACGAUCACAUUGAUGCUGGUUCGGCGCUCGUACAAAUGUGGUCAUACGUUGGUGCAAAGAAGUGCCAAGCAUUGGUUGCCAUCGGUGCCACAGCUGGUUUAUCAGUGGCCAUGUUUGGUUCGAUGUUUCCAAUGCCCCGUGUAAUUUAUGCAAUGGCACAAGACGGGCUCAUUUUUCGACAGCUCUCACAAUUGUGGGACCGAACAAAUGCACCCGGUAUCGCAACUAUCCUCAGCGGACUAGCUGCCGCAUUUGUGGCAUUGAUAAUACGCCUGGAGACGCUAGUUGAAAUGAUGUCGAUCGGAACAUUAUUAGCAUACACGCUGGUGUCUACGUGUGUUUUGGUGUUGCGAUAUCAACCGCACAGCACAUCAUUGGUGGAACUUUUGCCCGCACAGCUACGCACACCACAACCACCAAGCACACCAGAUCCAACCAAUUUACCAAGUGAAGUUGCAACGAAUAAAAAGACUGUGGUCAUUAGGAAAGUGACACGAGCUUCACCGGAUUCAGAUGAUUCGUUUGGUGAUGAGAGUCCCGAUGGUUAUUUAGGCGGUCGUAAUGAUCAAUUCCUUGUGUCUGAUCGCUCGGAGAAUAAAUUCUAUGGCAGUGUACAUGGAGCGCCAACUGGAACAGCUGCACCAUUUGAUAACCUGGGCCUAGGUAUUGUCGGACGAAAACUUGAAGAGUAUGGAUAUUUGUGCCCUGGAUUAUUUCCAUGGGUGAAUCCUGGACCAGCUACACAUGAAAGCGGAAUGCACGUCACAAAACUAGUUGGAAUCAUGUUCAUUCUAAUCUUCUUCUUGGAUCUGUUGGCCGCAUGCAGUUAUUCGGGAGCAUUUGCUGGCAUCAUUUUUACGGGGCUUGCUUUUGGAAUUAUUGGCAUUCUACUGGUCAUCUCACGGCAACCACAGAACAGAUAUGCGCUCGCUUUCUUAACGCCAGGCCUUCCAUUCAUCCCAGCAAUUGCGAUCACAGUGAACAUCUACUUGAUUUUCAAACUAAGCAUAUUGACAUUGGUUCGGUUCACCGUCUGGAUGAUACUCGGUUUGAUCAUGUACUUCUACUACGGCAUAACAAAUAGCUCAUUGGAAAAUGCACAAGAGGAAAUCGAAUUGACCGUUGACCAAACGCAUUUGGCGCCGCCACCACAGAAGCCACACGGUAAUCACUAUUCGAAUCAGACACCGACCGCUGUAUGGGAUCGUCAUGGCUAUGAAAAUAAAAUGGCCGAAGAUAGUUGGACAACCGCUCCAACGGUAACAAACAAUUAUACGACCAACAGUUGGGAUAUCAAUGAAGUAAACAGUGCGUGGAAUGACCCAGCACAACGAACCGAAACAGUCACCGCUAAAAAGCCGACGAUACCAGCCAAACCAUCAGCGACCGGUGCAUCGUCGUCGAAGAGUAGACCGGCAGCACCACCACGGCCAGCCACCGCACAACCUACUCAACCGAAAUCCGGUUUCUCUGGCAUUUUUGUGGAUGAAACAAUGUUUCCAAAAUGGGAUGACUAAAUCGGUUAAAUAAACAAACUUUAGGAAAAACUCUUCAAGAAGACACAUUUUUUCUCUGAUUCUAGUAUAAUACUUAUUCAUUAAGGCUUCAUCGAUUUACAAAGAAAAAAAAACAUUUCAUUCAAUCAUUUCGUAUUAAACUUUCGUUCCGAGAAAGUGUGUCCAAAACAAUCUCAAGAAAAGGGGACAUUUUGUGUAUAACUUUCGAAGAAAAAGUAUUUUUUUAUUCUAUUUACUAUUUUUCUUUGAUCUGUUGCCAAUUGUUGUAGUACCAAAAUGACAAGCAACAAAAUGGCAAACAAAUUUUCUCUAUUAGAUAGUUUUAUUUAAUUAAACAUUAUCUCCAGAGUAGGAAGAGACACUCCAUAAUUUAAUUCUGCUUAUGGAUUGCAUAAAACCAAACAAAAAAGUUAUAAACAAAGUUAUAAACAAAAUUUCCAAAUGUAAUAUGUACUUCACUCAAUCCAAUGAACUAACUCAACAAAUUGAUACAAUUUAGCAACUAUUUUAGAAAUAAAUUUAGCGAUGACAUAAAAAGGAAACAAAAACGAUGCAAAGAGCAUUUAAAAUGAAUGAGUCGAGCAUAGUGUUGAACAACAAAAUUGGAUGAGAAAAUGAAUUGAUGUUGAAUUUGAAACUUCGUUUUUUCGUGUUUUGUUUUUUCUUCUUCUGCGAUUCACUUAGAUUUGUUGACGAUAUAAAAUAUGCAGAACUUUGAUUGCAAUCGAGAGAAGAAACGAGUGAUUGAGACAAACAUAAAAGACAUUUUUAAAUUCUUGUUGAAGAUUUUUUUAAGAAUGUAAGUUACGGAAAUGCAAUAAGUAUUUUAAUGUUAAGAUGUUCGGGAAUCUGAUUUUUCAACUAAUUCUAUCUGUCCAUUCUAUAUACUCAGUUUGAGUGAAAGAGAGAAAAAGAAGAAACAGAUCAAGAUUUCACCGGCUGCCUAUUAAAAAUUGAACAAAUUUUAAAAUGAAGUAGCGGUGUUUGAUGCACAGCAUCACUGAUUUGAACAGCUUUUAUGUGAUUCACACUAUCCCGGUAUCCAAUUUUUAUUUUCGACCACUUACAUUUCUUCUCGAUUUUGUUUUGGUGUUAAGACGAAUCAAUUCCUAUUUAAUGAUGGAUGAAUGCAUCAAUGUUUAAUAAAAGCAAAACAAAAAACCAAAUUGUAACUCGAAACGAAACUCUUGUACAUAAUAUAAAUACUAAAUGAAACAACUAAACUGAUAUUAAACGUUAGGAUCUCUUUUUCGAUGGAUGUUGUGUAGCUUUGUACUAAAAUACUCUCUUAUGUGUGUAGUCAUAUGCCAUGGGCAAAAAUCUCUCUAUAAUGACACAUUUUUAUCUCUAUCUAUCCUCGCUCUGGCACAUCCGAUGAUACAUCGGUUUAAUCACAUACUCUUUUUUCUUAUUUCAAUACUCGAUUUUUUUCCCACAUCUUUUUACUAUAUUCACACGGAACAUGUUUGAAAUUUUUUGUAAAUAAUUUUAUCUAUGUUGUGAAGCACACGUUCGCUUAGGCCUUGUUUUCCCAUCUAUUACUCAUCCAAAAAUAUUUUUUUUCUUAGAUUUCAAUUUAAUUGAUUUCAUUGACAUUCAGUUGAAUUAUGAGUUUUUUGAAACAAAAAAAAAUCAAUCUAAUCAAAUGAUAUAUACUCUUCUAAUUUUCAUCGUAAUCUUUCGAACUCUAUACAAUUUUCUGUCCAUUUACAAAUCAGACUCUAUAUUUUAAACAUAAGAUCUAUAAAAAAAAAUUCAACUGAUACAACUUUUGAAACAAUUUUACAACAUGAUUUUAAUAUUAUAACUGAGACUAAAUGCAUCAAAAGCUGCAAACUCACCAGUAAAAAAAACCAUAUGACGCAUUAUUCUUUUCUUGCAUUUCAUUUUCUGCUAACAACAUAAUAUGCUUCAAAACAUGAAAUUCAUUUAUUCGAGAUGCCAAAGGCUCAGUUCAAUCAGUGUCUUCUCAAAUAAAAUGUGUGUAUUCCAUAAAUUCAUCCAGAUACUAUCAUAAUCGAACAACGUUCACAACCGUUUCGAUUAUUUUGAUAGAAUAUUUUUGAAUAAAGUUCUUUUUCGCCACUGCUCAAUCAUAUUGCAACCCUAACCGAACAAUCUAUGGUCUAUCAAUGGAACUUUUUUUAAACAAUAUUUUCAAUCAUUUUUUUUUUGUGUGUGAAUUCGAGAUCUUCAAUGUAGUCUCAACCACAAUGGGUGUCCAUUUGACGAGCGUUGUGCAUUGUCCAAAUUUUAAUAGAAUUAUUUUAAUAAUUUUUAAACAAUGACAAAGAAAAACUUUAUUUUUCGUCAAUUUUUAUGAAGAUUCAAAUGGAAAUGAUUAAAUGAAUUUGUGAAUCAUUCAACUUUGAAAAAUUCCAAAAUCAUGUUUAUAUCAAUGCAAUUUCUUAUCAACAUAAUCUCGAUGGUAAUGCAUCAAAAGCUGCUGAUAAUGCAUAAGAUUAAGUGUGAAUCACACAAAAAACGUGUGACAUCUUCAACCAAGACACAAUGAAUGCAGUUCAAAUUCUAUAAAACUCCUCAAGAACCAAAUGUGAAUGACAGCACCCUUUAAGUUGAGACUACCCUAAAGAAUCUCCAAUUCUCCAUAAUAUAGUUUAUACUUUUAUAAAAAAAAACUAGCAAUCAACUAUGCCGUACAUUCUUGAAUGGUAAAAUAUAAUUAAUGAAACGGAUCACAACAAUGACUAAUCAUUUUUUUCCAUACAAGUGAUAAUUUUCACAUUUUUUUUCAAGUAUUCUCAGUAAAACUCUAUUUCAUACUAAACAAAAAGGAUUUUUCUUUCCAAAACAAUGAUUCCGAGCAACAAGAGAACGAUAAAAAUAGGAAGUGUAGGAAAAAAAUUGCAUUGCGAAACGAAUGUAAAUUGCAAAUAAAUUUAACUGAAGCCAUGUGCGCUUUAUAAAAACAAAUUCCUAGAAAUGCGGGGAAACUCACUGGGAGCGUUGAACAAGUGAACAACCAAAUAAGAAGAAAAAAUUUAACAAAAUAUGCUGUGUUUACGAUACAUAUCUCAAAUAAUCCAAACAUAAAUAAAUAAAAUCUAUUGAAUAUUAUAAAAUAGCUGAUACUAGAAGUGUUUAUAGAUUUAUCAAACAAAAAUGUUUGAAUUGCAGCGUUGCCAAUAUCGCUGAAUGGUUUUAUUUACAAAGUAUAAGUAUUUGCGCGGCAGAUACAACUUAAAACAAAAAUGAACAAAUGGACUUUUAAUCGAGAGACUUGUUAGUUAGGUUACCAAACUGUUUCAUUGAAACGAGAGAAUAAAAAAGACGCUUUCGAGAUAUUCCCGGUUUUGUUGUAGAAUUUUUGUUUUGCCGAAACCAUUCCAAGUUCUACUUCAAGAGCAAAACCUCUUUCCACUACCUGUCAAUCCUUUAAAACGGCAAACAAUGAGAAAAAAUGAGUUUGUAUGAUGCUUCCUGAACGGUAGCCUGCGAAGGUUUCAACUAAAUCCCAUUCGAAUAGAAGUACAAAGCAUAAUUUUAAACCAUCCUUCCAACUCCCAUAGAAUUAAAAUUAACCAUAUAUUUUAUCAAUCUUUUUUCUGUGUUUUUGUGUUUUUUUUUCACGGACGAUAUCACCAAAAAUAAUAUGGAAUCGAAACGUUUAUUGUAGUGUUUGAGAUGAUUUUAAUUGAAUAGAAUUGUUUGACAGUGCCUGGCCAGUUGUUGAAAAAUCAAGUGAUUAACACGAUAGAAAGACAAGAAGAAGAUGAAUAUUAAACAGAAACAAAUGAAAGCAAAUGGAGCAAAUUAUCUAAACGAACACACAUACACCGAACUAAAAGCAAAUCAACUAAGGUUAUUUACCGAAUUCGAGUACCUUGAAAUCAGCAGCAAUGCAAACGUAAAAAGCAUAUUCAUUUCAAUGUGUAUUGAUGAAUUUAAAAUAGUAAUAAAACGAUGGUGAUGAUGAUGACAAAAGAAAAACUCACAGAGAAUAGUUAAAUAUGAGUCAAGUUAAAGCAAAUAGUAAUUACCAUUAAAUAAAGUUGAAAACAUAUCCAAAGUAUAAAGUAUAUUAUAUUCCGUAGAUGGUUGUAUAGUGUCUAGAAAGCAAAAUGAAAUCGGGAGUUAUAUUGAACAAAAAAGUGAUUUGUAAAUGCGUUUCAUAUUAAUUUCUAAGUUCUUUUUAUUGUUUGUUUGUUUUUUCCAUUGCGAUAAAAUUUGGCGUUUGAACUGAUUGGUUUUUUCCUUUCUUUUGGCAAAUAUUUUUCUUUGAAAUUGUGAAAUACACUUUAGCAACCUAGAACAAGCAUUUAUUGAUACGCAUAUUUUAUAGGCAUUAACAAAACAAGAACAAAAAAAAUUAUUUUAAAAUUCUAACAGUGGGCACAUUGCGGAAACAUGCACAGCACACGCAUAAUUCCCACAGGCAGACAUUUUCAUGAAAGGAUUAUCGAAUGUAAUCGGGAGCAAAGCAUCGAUUCGCCAGUUCUUUCAUGACAAUCAAAGUAACAUGCAAUCAAACGUCUUGUAUUAUACACCAGCAUUCAAGCAGACACAAACCAAAUACAACAACAACAAAUAAACAAAUUACUAAUAUAAACUACAAUAUUUAGCCAUUUACGAACAAAACCCAGAAAAAAAACAUGACAACAUCAACUAUAUAAAUUACAAAUUUGCUGUUAGAAUAUUUAAACAGGAGAAUCCAAAGAUUGACAAAAAAAAUUUAUGGACAAAAAUGCAUACCUAUUUAUGAUGGAAGAUUACAGAUUAUACCGUAAUGACAAAAUGAAAUUAAUAUCGUUAAAAUUGAAUUUAUUGACAAAUGAAAAUGACAUAAAUAAAUUUAAAUUUAUUCACGUUUAUGAAUCAAA